AUGGACCCCAUUCUCGAUGGCCUCAACCCUGCCCAGCGCCAGGCGGUUACAUCCCCUGAUCCAAUUCUACAAGUUCUCGCACCACCCGGCUCCGGCAAGACGAAGACAUUAACAGCGCGCGUCGCGUACCUCUUAUCCCACCAUGGAUACCAACCGCAAGAUAUUAUUUGCUGCACAUUCACCAUCAAAGCGAGUCGGGAGAUGCGGGAACGUCUGUCGAAGCUUGUGGGGGAGAAAGUGCAGUCGCGUUUGAUCCUGGGGACUUUCCAUUCUAUUUGUCGGCGGUAUUUGGUGAAAUAUGGAUACUUGAUUGGGUUGAGGAAGGGGUUUGCGAUUGCCGAUUCGGAUGAUAGUCGGGGAAUACUUCGUGUAUGUGCUGGAUACUAUUUCUUCUCCUACCGCUAUGGAGGUGAAAAUCGAAUUAUUAAACGACUUAGCUCUGGUAUGGAAAUUAAAACUGCGCAAGGGAAGAUAUCUCGUCACAAGGCUCAUGGGCUUUCACCCGAUGAUUUGGUUGGUCGUGUUAAGGCCGACGAAAUGGAACUGGUGGAUAUCUAUCGUCAAUACGAAGCCGCACUCGCGGCGGCAGGCCUAUUGGAUUACGACGAUCUACUUGUACGAUGCGGGCAACUCCUUAGGGAACAUCCGGACUGCGUUUCCAAUGUGCAAACGGUGCUAGUCGACGAAUUUCAAGAUACGAACAUUAUACAGUACGAUUUGAUGAACCUUUUGGCGGCGAAGAACCGUCGCAUCACGAUUGUUGGCGACCCCGAUCAAAGUAUUUAUGGCUUUCGUUCUGCUGAGAUCCAGAAUCUCAAACGCAUGCAGAAACGAUACUCGAAUACCUCCCUUGUUCUUUUGGAAUCUAAUUAUCGCUCCUCUGCUUCGAUCUUAAGCUCUGCUCAGGAAGUCAUUGAACAAGAUACUACACGUCCUGCGAAGAAACUGCAAGCAACUCAUUCGCAUGGCACGAUGCCUGUGCUCAGGAAGCUUCCUAAUGCGAAUGCCGAGGCUCAAUGGAUGGUUCUUGAAAUCAAGAGAUGUAUGGCCUUGAUGGGGGGUGUUCUGCGCAUGUCCGAUUUCGCGGUCUUGCUUAGAUCGGCGUCGUUAUCGACUCGGAUCGAGACGGCAUUUGGUCGUGCAGGAAUUCCGUAUAAGAUGGUCGGCGGUCGCAAGUUCUUCGAUCGAACUGAGGUCAAGACGCUGAUUAACUACUUGAGAGUUGUUAGUCACUCAGAUCAUACCGAUGCGCUGCUUGCCAUAAUCAAUGUGCCACCUCGAAGGAUCGGUGAUGAAACUAUUAGACAAUUGACCAGUGGGGCGGAGAAAGCCAGUGUCUCCCUCUGGACGUUCAUUAAGGAUGUUGUACAAGGUCGCCGAUUGACCGAGAAGAAAUUACAAAAAGCCGCGGAGCUGGGGCUCUGUGCUCUAAUGAAGUUAAUCGACGCAGCCAAACAAAAGCUAGAAGAGUGCGAAGAUCCAUCUGCGCCCUGUGUGCUCCUCGAGUAUAUUACAGAGAGUCUAUCUUUCCAAGAAUACCUCAUCAGAGCUUAUCCCCUCGAUGAAGACACUCGCUGGGCGAAUGUCAAGGAAUUGAUGGGACAGGCCCAUGAAACUGCAGUCUCAAGUGGAGAUCCAGGACAAGAAGAGGACCUCCCCGAGAUUGAAGGCAUUGAACAACAGCGAGCUCACGUAGGAGAAGAAACUCUCUCGCGUUUCCUGGCCAAUGUUGCCCUCGCGACCGACGCGACGAAACAGGAAGAGGGCGAGGAAGUGACGGAGAAAGUCACUAUAUCUACUAUCCACGCUGCCAAAGGUCUCGAGUGGCCCGUUGUUUUCAUUCCUGCUGUAUACAAUGGAAGCAUCCCCCAUUCUAGGGCGGAGGUAAUUGAUGAGGAGAGACGGCUGCUCUACGUUGCUAUGACCAGAGCCCAAGCCUUGCUUUAUCUCAGUCUUCCUCUCAAGCAGCCUCGAUUCGGCGAAGGGGAGGAUUCGUCAACGACUUUGACACCCUUUCUUCCUCCAAAACUGAUCAAAACUCGCUUUCGUCCCAUGGGUCCCCAGCUAUUAGAAAAAGUGGUUUAUUCAAUUGCUGAUAUUCUUCGGCGACCCCGACCGGCUGCCGAGGACAUGUACAAGGAAUUAAACUCUCUUCCGUCAACGCUGGAUGACCAAUGGACAGCUGAAGGCGAAGAGAAAGACAAACGUACUGAAUCAGAUUGGAAAUCAUGUCUAGGACCUCAGGACUCCGGGGAGCCUAAUCCUAAGAGGCGUCGCUCUGACAUCAAUCAGCCAACUACCACCACCUACAUGGCGGCCUGCGGACAAAACAUGGGGACAUCGUCUAAUUUCAUGGUAUCUACAACACUCGGGUCCGGUUUCACCUCUGCCCGUGACUACAUCACAGCCAACCCGGCUGCUAGCCAGGCAGCACCGACGGAAGUCACCUCCAAGGCUGCCACGGAGACUGCCCCGACCAAUAAGGCACCAAAGAGGGCUGGGCAGAAAGACGGACUCAGCCAAGCCAGCAUCUCAAAUUUCUUUGGGGGGCCAGGGUCCUCCCAGAAGAAAGAAACCGUCCCGACCAGUCGCGCAUCGACCCAACCAGCCUCAGUCCGACGAGACCACCUGACACUGCCAUCCCAAAACAACCCAGGAUCGGCGAGUAAUGUUCCGACCCCGUUCUCUUCUCAUCGUCUACAGCCGCGACCUCUGCAGCCUACAAGGCCUGCAUUGGAGCCUACCGAGCCCAAUAAUUACACGUGGCUGGCGGCUCCAUCGCGACCUGCGGUGAAACCUGCUCGGAUGCUCACCCAACACCCGAGUGGAAACAACACAGUAACCGCAGGGACUGGGUUAGAAGAGGUGAAACCAGAAAGAUCCACUCGGGACUUUCAGUCCGUAACAUUUCAUACGACUACAAUGUCUAUGGUACGUCAACAAGCCUCGACAUCGGGGCGACGGACGUUGGGGAUCCGGCGGAGUAUGAAUGGAUGGGAGGAGCGGAUGAAGCGGGAGAGCGGUGGCCAAGUACGUGGAGGAGAUCAGGUCUAG